GAGCCGCUUUAAGUGGAUGCGGCGGCAGCGGGCGGGAGCGGAGCGCAGCGCUGGGCACGGAGCCCCGAUCCCGCUAUGCCGCACUCGGUGGCUCUGCGCGGCCCCUCGCCCUGGGGCUUCCGCCUGGUGGGCGGGAAGGACUUCAGCACGCCGCUCACCAUCUCCAGGAUUAACCCUGGAAGUAAAGCAGCCUUGGCCAACCUGUGCCCAGGAGACAUCAUUCUGGCCAUUAAUGGGGAGAGCACAGAAGCCAUGACACAUCUGGAGGCACAGAACAAGAUCAAGGCGUGUGUGGAGCAGCUGCUGCUGUCUGUGAGCAGAGCUGAGGAGAGGAGCUGGUCACCACCCAUAUUGGAGGAUGGGAAGGCACAAGCUUACCGCAUCAACAUCGAGCCUGAGCCGCAGGAUAACGGCCCUGCAGUGGGCAAGAGGCCCAUGUCCCACAGUGCAGGUGGGAGCCCAGUGGACGGCAGGCCAGCACUGAGCCUGCAGCACUCCCAGCCCAUCCGGCCGCAAGCAAGCAGCAGUGCCGAUGCCUCUUUGCCUCUGCAGCUCAGUGGGCUGCACAUCGCUCCUUCCCAAAGCACCGAACCCUUAAAGUCUCUCCCACGGAACAGAAAUGGGAUCGAUGUGGAGUCAGAUGUUUACAAGAUGCUCCAGGAUUACGAGAGACCUGCCUCAGAGCCCAAGCAGUCGGGGUCCUUCCGCUACCUGCAGGGCAUGCUGGAGGCUGGGGAGAAUGGUGAAAAACUCGACAGACUGAGCAACCCUCGCAGCAUCAAACCUCCAGGACCAAAGCUCGGCGCUGCCAUGUCUGGACUGCAGCUGCUCCCCGAGUGCACGAGAUGUGGCAAUGGGAUUGUGGGAACCAUCGUCAAAGCCCGCGACAAGCUCUACCACCCCGAGUGCUUCAUGUGCGACGACUGUGGCCUCAACCUGAAGCAGAGGGGCUAUUUCUUCAUCGAGGAGCAGCUGUAUUGCGAGACGCACGCCAAGGAGAGGGUUAAGCCCCCCGAGGGCUACGAUGUGGUGGCUGUUUAUCCGAACGCUAAAGUUGAACUCGUCUAAACCCAGGGCUCAGACGGCGCUCGCCCACCCGCACACACGCCGCUGGCUUCGCAGAGUGGCUGUAAUCAACUCUGAUUACUGCAGCCCGAGUAAAAUGCCUUUCUGUAGAUAAAACCGUUUACACUUGGGAUCUCCAGGGGAUGGUGUUGAAAGCGUAUGAACAGGUUUUUCCCUUCUCUUUGACACUCUUUUUUUGGGGGAAGCGGGGUUGCUGUGCUGGGUUAUUAGUCUGUGCCUUAACCUUAUCCAAGAUCUGCAUAAACAUUGAUUCAUUCUCUACUUUUUUUUUUUCUCCCCUGUAAGACCAGUAUUCCUUCCUUCCCUCACUGUUAUCUGAAGGAAGGAAGGAAGGAAGGAAAGCUCGAAGAAAAUAAGGCACUUUACCUACCGAGAGCUGCCUCCUGUAUUGCAGCUUCUGUCUCCCACCCACUGGUGACUGCUCUGUGCGCUGAGCACCCAGCAAGGUUUGCUCCUGCCUUCCCCAUUCAGUUGCUCUCUCCUGGCUGCCCAGCAGGACAUCUAAAGGAUGCUGAGGCAGCAGGAGCCCACCUGGCUGCCCUCCUGCACCCCACUCCCCAUCACUCCCCACAGGGAGGUGCUCUGUUUCUGUCCUUGCUUUGACCUUUUGUUCGGCUUUUUUGCAGACCUCCCCCCCAGGCUGCUGCCCCUGCCCUGACCCAGCAGCUGGGGAUGGGGUGGCAAAACCCCCCCUGGAGGUUGGAAGGAAAUACAGGAGAUGCUUGGCCCUCAAUCCUGAGCAAGUGGAUGCAAUCUGUGGCAGAGCUUUAUGUGGACUUUAUGUAAGGGGGAGGUAAUUGAGGCUGUUGGGAUGCUGUUAUGAUGGAGUUUUUUUCAUGUUCGUGACUGGAGAAGAUGUGCAGUUCAGACACCCUGUUGUCAGAUGCCACCACAGUGAUGGUUCUGAGGUACCAGUGAUGGUACCAACCCUGUGGUUGGUACCGCCAGGUCCCUCUUGAAACACAUUUCUGCUUUCUAUGCUUUAUAAAUAAGAAAGUUCCUUCUGUAAAGGCAAAGAGUGUUUCCUUUGUGUUACUGCAUCCCCACAUAUGGGGCUAGCAGGACUGUGCUGCAGUGACCCUGCAGGUGAUGACCCUGUGGGGCAGGUGGUGCUGGGGGGCACUGAAUAACUUCUGGGGUCUGUGAGAACCUUUGUAUUGUAGCCCUUGAUGCAGGAACAGCCCUAGAAACAGAAGUGGGGGAAAAACACCACCUCUGGGAGCCAGAAAGCUGAAAGUGAGGUGCUGGGGGUUAGAGAAAUGUCUGCUCCCUUCCAUGGACAGGGAUGGAGAUGAGUACUGCCAUCUCCUGAUGCACCAGGAUGUCUAUCCCAGCUUCUUCUGCCAUCUGCAUUUUUCACUGUUGAAGUACAAGGAAUGUGUGGCAAUGUGAUCAACCCAGCUGAGCCUGGGUUUGCUUGUAUUUGUAUGGCCUUGCUCAGUAGUUCAGGCCAGCUGAAUAGAAAUACUUGGGACAGCUGUAAGUGAUUAGGAGACUAAGGCUAAUCAGGUAUGAAGUGUUAUCACCUCUUGUUUGUGGGCCUCGGCUUGGAGCUUGUUAGUUUGCAAUCAGCAGCAGCAUUUGCUCUGACUUUCCUUAUUAACCUCACUUGUUCCUGGGCUGGCAGCAGUGCUUCUCGGGGGAGGGGGUCGUUGGGGAGGAGGGUGUUGGGCCCAUUCUGUGGUUUCAUCAUAACUGCUGCUCACAAAUCACUUCUGUUCCCUUUAUGGCUCUGUUUGGAAGGUUGCACUUCACCCAGACCGGGGCCUGACAGCCCAGCAAGGCUCUCCCACAUCACUGCAGGAGUUGUGUUCCCCAGAGCAGCUCCUCACCCCACGGCACAGGGAAUGCCCUAAUAACCCCAUGAGCUGGAAGCACCAAAGUGAUGCUAUGGGCACAGCAGCCCCAGGCUUCACCUGCAACCUCUCUUUAGUUUGGAAUCACAUUACUAUUACCCACAAAUCAGUAUUUUUCACACCAUUCUCUCCUGAUGUUCAUUCCUACAAGUUAUCAACACUUUCCAUCCUCCUGAGGAGUGUAAAGCUGGAGCCACCUCGCAGCAAUCAGACAGUGACUCUUGGCACUGAUUCCCCAUAUGCUGCCCAGAGCCAGCACAGGGCCUGGCCUCGCCAGCCCCACCUUCUCCCGCUAUUUAACGCUGUAAAACAUUUGCAGGAUGAUGUGGUUUGUAUGAAAUACAAAAUAAAACAGUAUUGUCAGGUUUU